UGUGUCGCCUGUGAUUCGCUGCUGGUGACCAAUCUUUCACCGCGGUAGUAUCUCUGGAAAGAAACAGUCAACACUGUCUUGACUUCACCUCCUAUCGUGUGUCAUCUCUUGCUUCUACCUCAAAGCGAGUCGGUUUUUUUUGGAAGUAGCUAGCUCUCUAACUUUGCCUAUAAUUAUUAGUUUUGAAACAUUUUAACGGAAAAUCAUCCUUAUAGGACAAUGUCAGAUUUCGACAGAAACCCGUUCGCGGACCCGGAGAUCAGCAACCCAUUUCAGGAUCCAUCAGUGACACAAAUACGACAGGCUGCUCCUCCGGGGUUGGAGGAGUACAACCCCUUCACAGAUGGCAAACCAGCGCCUCCAGGUAUGGCACCCAAGACUGCGGCACCCACCAUGAACACACAACCUGCCAUCAUGAAACCCACAGAGGAGCCUCCAGCCUACUCGCAGCCUCAGGAGCAGUCGGGAGCAGCUGCUGAGCUGUUGAGGAGACAGGAGGAGCUGGAAAGGAAGGCUGCCGAGCUGGAUCGCCGGGAGAGAGAAAUGCAGUCACUGAGUGCUUCAGGAGGCAGGAAAAAUAACUGGCCUCCCCUCCCAGAGAAGUUCCCCGUGGGUCCCUGUUUCUACCAUGACAUCACAGUGGACAUCCCAGUAGAGUUUCAGAAGACGGUCAAGGUCAUGUACUACCUCUGGAUGUUUCAUACUGGGACGCUGCUUGCCAACAUGGUGGGCUGCCUGGCCUGGUUCUGUGUGGAUGCGUCACGUGGGGUGGACUUUGGCCUGUCCAUCCUCUGGUUCUUGCUCUUCACACCUUGUUCGUUCGUCUGCUGGUACAGACCACUUUAUGGAGCGUUCAGGAGUGACAGCUCAUUCAGGUUUUUUGCUUUCUUCUUCGUGUACAUCUGUCAGUUUGGCAUCUACGUUAUCCAGUGUAUUGGGAUCGCUGGUUGGGGCGCCAGCGGGUGGAUCUCAGCGUUGACCGGCCUGAAUCGCAGCAUCCCAGUGGGCAUCAUAAUGAUCCUCAUCGCUGCUCUCUUUACCUUCCUGGCUGCCAUGUCCCUCAUCAUGUUCAAAAAGGUCCACGCGAUGUACCGUACCACCGAUGCCAGCUUUGAGAAGGCCCAGCAGGAGUUCGCCACAGGCGUCAUGGCCAACAAGACGGUCCAGACGGCCGCUGCUACCGCCGCUUCCAGGGCUGCACAGGGAGGCUUCAAGGAGCAGAUCUGAUUGGCCUAGAGAAGCUCGCUCCUCGCUCCUCUCUCCGUCCAACCCUCACCCUCCCCACCUCGCCCUCCCCACCUCGCCCUCCCCUGCUCGCACCCAGCUUCCACUCGAGCCAACUGCCCUGUUUGAACACACGGAGAGUCCCCCGGCCUUCUGACUAUAUCGCAGUGGUUCAUGUGAGGGCACUACGGUUGGCCCCCCCCAGUCACCCAUGAUCUGUAAUCUCAGUCCGAGUGAGAAAAUUACCACCUGCUCUGGGAACCCUGACCCACGCUGCACUCCUACCACUCAACCAGUGUGCUCAACUUGAUUUUUUUGUGUGUGUGUGUGUGUGUGUGUGUGUGCGUGUGUCCAACUAAAUGAAUGUUUGUGUGCCUCUUUGUUUGUCCUCUGUGGAGAGAUUCUAUCGUAGCUGAAACCAAGUCCGACUUUCUAACGUUACCUGGGCAUUUCCCACUUUACCGGUUCUGUAAUCCCCCAGCAAUAUUGACUUCCCGUGUCUUUGAUUUAUCAACCUAAUCACUACUUUACUAUUUUUAUAUUAAUUUAUAAUCGGACAAACGGAAGUCAUGUCGUACUCUCUGCUUGUCGGUUAAUGCACACGCAGCAGCAGCCCUCCCUGAUUUGUUCUGCUGUUUUUCCAUGAGGACAUAACUUAGCACUGCUGCCCCCCGGUGGAUUGAUCAUGUAUUGUUGAAGAUGAAUGCUGUGCAUUCCAGUUCACUGCCUUGUCUUCUAGUUUCUGCUUUCCUCCGAAUUUGGUUUCUAGAAAGUGUGUGGUUACUUCCUAAAAGCGAUGUAUGAGUCACUCCUCCCUGUGUAGAGAGUGUAGGGCUAAGGAUGGUUUAAUUAUCCAGUAAUCUGCCAAGGAAAUCUAUUCAAUUUACAACAAACGGAAACAUCUCAACAAACAUUGAAGGGAUUGCUGUAAAACUUGGCACAGAUGUUCAUGCUCCCCAGAGGAUGAGUCCUGCCGACGUUGGUGACCCGCUGACUUUUACUCUAGCGCCACCAUGAGGCUCCACAUUCAAAGUUUUUGGUGAAAUAUCUCCACAACCACGAGAUGGAUUGUCAUGACAUUUGGUUUAGGCAUUCAUGUCCCACUCAUUAUGAAUUUUAGUCCGUUUAAUCACUUAAAUUUUUCGACUAUCAUUUCUACAUUUAAAUUGAUUUCAUUUAUUUACUUAAUACUUUGUUUUUUGAGCAAAUUCCUGCAAUACAUUCCCAUCAGCUGUACUUUUUGUCCAGUGUUGCUAUGCUUACACGCUAAACUAAGAUGGUGAACAUGGUAAAUAUCAUAACUGCUAAACAUUGGCUCGUUAGCAUUGUCUGUGAGAGCAUGCUGACGUUAGCAUGUUUGCUCUAAGCACCGCUAAGCAUGGCUGCAGAGUCUUGUUGCUUAAAAUAAAGACAUUAGACUUUAAAAUAAUUCAUUAAUUGUCAAAACAAUCACCUACCGAUCGACUAAUUGACUAAUUGUUUGUGCUCCGGUAGACUUAGCAACCUUUUAACACCCACCUGUCCCGCCUACAAGCAGUGUUUGAUCCUCAAAAGAUGUUUUUUAGAUUUUUGGGUGAACCAUCACUUGAAAUGUUUUUUUUCCUGUAACGGCCUACAUGUCCAUUGUGAAAUUCCACCCAGUUGCACUUUAAAUCUUAGACUCUUUGUCUGCACUUUGUAAUCCGUGCAAAUGGAAGGAUAUUUAUAACAUCGGACGGCCUCUCGCCUUCCUGCUCAUUAGUGUCGGUACUUAAUUCAUACAUGUAACAUGCACCAGCUGAGUUCAGCUGAGUUUUCACAUGAAGCCUACCUUUUUGUGUCAUUUCCUCCGACAUAAAUUAGUUCAUGACACUAUCAACAUGCAAGUAAUGAGAUCCACACGUCUGUAUAUACAGCUGCAUGUUUAUACAGUUUGACUGAAGAGGAAAGUGUAACUCGUCUCCAGCUUUUCUUGUGUUCCCGGAGACUUACCUCAGUUUAAGUCAGGAUGUACUCUUCACGUUCAUGACAAUCAGGUUAAAGAAUAUGAGAUUGUAUGAAAUUUGACACUAACUGGCCCCUGUUUUUAAAUGUGUGUGCUGCAAAACAAUAUAUUGCAAUAAAAAAAUUGAUUUAAAAAAUAAAUAAAUAAAUGGGCCAGUACUGUGGAUGUAAUGUUCUGAUAAAUGCUUGCAUAUUCAUCAUUUUACAAUUGUGGAUAGACGGUCACUGAACUCCAGCAAUCAAAUCUGAAGGUAGAGUCAAAUCUUGUUAAGUCUCUUUAAUUUCCAGUAUGUGGUUAUUAACAUUUUCAAAUGCAUUUUACCUGCUAAAAUGUCUUCAGCGGGAGCUACAAAAGCCAUUUCCUCAGUUGCUCUUUUGUGUGUUGUGUCUCAUGUUUAAGCCAGUUAAGCCUUUGUGUGUAUUUGAUGCGAAGGAGUGUGAAUAGAGGGGAUUUGGCCUUUCAGUCUUAAAUCUGUGUGCAGGGCAGAGCCUGGCUGUGGGUCUGGGAUCCUUCUUGACUUCCUGGAGAUUUUUUUUUUUUUUUUUUUUUAAAGCUUCAUGCAACAUGCCCUUUUUUGCUCUCUGCUCCUCUUUUUUUAUUUCACACUGGCUCAAUUUGAACCAGUGCAUGUGUAUUCCUGCGUACAUUUCUGUACAAAGCAACAUGAGAUUAUUUCUUAAAAAGAAUCCAGCUGAGUGGCACCUGGUAUUUUGCGGUUAUGUUUGACUUAAAAAAAGAAAAUAAAGAAAAACGAUAAAUGCGAGAAAGGCAUUAGAUUGCAAUGUGAACUGUGUGAUGUGCUGUAGACGGGCUGUGGCUUUAAGCUGUGCUUCAUAAUCAACAUGGCGUGUGGUAGAAACACUGACAAUUAAAUUAAUUCAUAAGCAUCUCUAAGAAUAAAAAUCUUAAUUAUAUAAUUGAAAAGAAACAAUGAAGGAAUGUUUUUAUAUUUUGUGCGAUUUGCAGAUGGACGGCUAUUUGAUCGAAAUUUAUGUAAUUUUAAGAUGCACUCUGGUCUGAGCUUCAGUCGCAUGUUGAGUAGUUUGAGUUUUGUAUAUUUAUGGUAUUAACACUGAAUAAAAUUCAUCUUCUCUGUG